CCGAGUCCGAGCGAGUCAAGUGAGCUGCGGAACGUGUAACACGACCUCUCUGUGCCGCGUCUCACUUCAAAACCGUGUGUGUGCAUCGCGCACCUUUGAUCCUUUUCGGUCGUGAGCUUCGGUUACCGAGUUUCCUUUUCUUUCUUUUCCACCCGUCCUCCUGGUCUCCCCCCUUCUUUUUUCUCCGGCCGAUCGACGUUUCCACGAGGUGUACGGGGAGCAAACGAUCGAUCAAAAACCGCACCUCUUCCCAUCGUUAAGGCGGGACGCGCGACGUACCCUCGUGUCACGCUUCCGGUUCGAUUCGUUGCGAAGCGAUCAAGGCUUCCCGUGUACCGAGCGUAGUACCAGCGCAAACAAGUGUCUUCGAGUCGUAUCGGGAUGCUGCUCCGCAACGAGACCUACGUCAACGGCCCGUUGGCUUUCAUCGGCGAGGAGAACGGGUAUGUCCCGUCGAUGCGAGAGAGGUUUCUGGGAUGGAACGUGCCUCCGGAUCACUCCGAACUAGUGCACCCUCACUGGAGAGGGUUCAUGGCGCCAGGGAAAUUUUGGCACAUGGGACUGGCGCUGAUCUACACCAUGAUGUUCAUGAUGUCCAUCGUUGGGAACGGAUGCGUCAUAUGGAUAUUUAGCACAUCGAAGUCGCUGAGAACAGCUUCGAAUAUAUUUAUAGUCAGCCUGGCAGUGUUCGACACCCUGAUGUCGUUCGAGAUGCCGAUGUUCCUGAUAAACUGCUUCCUAGAACGUAUGAUAGGUUGGGAGCUGGGCUGCGACAUCUACGCGACUCUAGGAUCUAUAUCCGGGAUGGGGCAAGCGAUCACCAACGCUGCCAUCGCCUUCGAUCGAUACAGGACAAUUUCCUGCCCGAUCGACGGAAGACUGAACUCGAAGCAGGCGGCAGUGCUGGUCGCCUGCACGUGGUUCUGGGCCACGCCGUUCGCCGUCAUGCCGCUGGUGAAGGUCUGGGGUCGAUACACCACCGAGGGUUUCCUGACGACAUGCUCCUUCGACUUCCUGACGGAGGACCAGGACACCAAGGUCUUCGUCUCGAGCAUCUUCGUCUGGUCCUACGUGAUACCUCUAAUCUUCAUAAUCUACUUUUACUCGCAGCUGCUCCAGUCUAUACGCAAUCACGAGAAGAUGCUGCGCGAACAGGCUAAGAAAAUGAACGUGAAAUCUCUGGUGUCGAACCAAGACAAAGAAAGGAGCGUCGAGAUGAGGAUCGCGAAGGUCGCGUUCACCAUCUUCUUCCUGUUCCUGCUCGCGUGGACGCCGUACGCGACGGUCGCGCUGAUCGGAGCGUUCGGCAACCGGGAACUGCUGACGCCGAUCUCCACGAUGUUGCCCGCCGUGUUCGCUAAGACGGUGUCCUGCAUCGAUCCCUGGAUAUACGCGAUCAAUCAUCCGAGGUAUCGUCUAGAGCUGCAAAAACGUUGCAAAUGGAUGGGCAUCCGGGAGCCGGAGCCGUCGCACGACGCCGCUUCCGCCCAAACCGAGAAGAUCAAGACGGAGGACGCGUAAGCCGGCCGCCGGGACCUCUGGAUCUGACUUUUCUCUAUUCGAGACGCUGCUCGGGGCACGCGAUCGGGACGCAACCGCCACCACCACAGCCACCACCGUUGCGAUCCCGGUCGACGCAUCCCGCUUCUCAUCCGCUGUCCAGCUGCCGAGCCACGCAACCGGACCGCGAGCUACACUUCCACGGACGUGCACGCCGACCCAAUCGAUUGUACUCUUAUUAAAGCGUUAUUAAAGCAAAUUUCAACCGGCAAACUUC